CUCCGAUGCUGAUCGGAAGCACGUGACACCGUCAACAGAGGGCUCCAAAUUUAAACAAGCUGCGCCCGCGUGCGCAUUUAGCAGAAAGAAGCAGAAUGUAACCGGAGGGGAACGACACCGCGGACAGACGUGACAGCGUCAAACUUUCACAAAGUGACCCCCCCCACUCCUGCGUUUUGAAAGAGUCCACCUCCAUAGCAACCUGGAGUUUGUGUAAUCACACUGUUCAGCUGCUUUGCUUUAUCCUUUCCUGAAAACGAAAUGACGUGUGGAGUCUUUUCCACAGACUUUCCUCAACUCACUGCUGACAACUUUGAGAGCCGCCUGGCCUCAGAUGAGCUGUUGGUUCACUUCUUCAAUGAUUUCUUAAGUCUCACGGCUUUUUCGGAGGAUGUGCUGUACAACCAUGAGAGUGGACUGUUGGAGGUGGUGGAUGGAGCCGCCGAGCGUGUCUCCAGAACCAUCAGAACCGCUCUGAUACGGACCAAAUCCAAACUCCUCUCAGGCGACCAGUCUGUGCUGACCAACACCAGCCCAGUAGAGAACCGUUACACUGUUAGGUGCCUGGACAGACAGCAGGGAAUGCGAUGGAUCACAAGAGAGAGGCUGCCCUUUUUCCUUCAGAGCGACUGCUUCUUCGAAUACAAACUGGCUAAGCUUCUGCUUCAGAGUCUGAAUCUGUGCAGCCGCUUCAGGAACAGAAGCGCUCCUUCUGCCCACACUCCUGCCCCUCACUUUAAUGAAGGAAACAUCAGUGACAUGUCACAAAGUCAAGCUCCCAGACAAACACCAGAUUACCUCCUGGAUGGAAUCUGUGAUCAAAUGUCCAGCAACGCGCUCGAGGUGAUGGAUGGUCAGAGCUCAGAGAACCAGGAUGAGAAGAACAAAAGACCCGACACCAAUACAGAGAAUGAAGGAGAAGAAGACAUAGAGCGAGAUGAGAAGAAUGAAGAGAGAGUCAAACUUCAGCAAAAAGCCUCUACUGUUUGUUGGUACUGUAGGAGUGACAGCAAAGCAGGCUUGGAGGAGUUUAAAGAGUUUCUUCGAGGAACGCCAGCAGAGAAUCUUCUUGAGUUCUGGAUGGACAUAGAGAGACUAAAAACAACAUGCAGGGAACGAAAAAACAGAUACAUGGUCUUGAUGAGAAGCUGCUACCUGCACAGCAGCAGCCCCACCAGCCUGAACCCGGAGCUGCUCUCCAGACUGGGGCUGGCGACCUCCCCCUGCUGGACAGAGGAGAAACUGCACGCGGCUCAGUCCAGCCUGACGGAGUCCCUGUUCUGCUACUGGGCUCUGCGGUUCUGGACGUCCCAGCAUGCUCAGGGGGUUUUGGCUGCAAACUGCUGUUCCCUCCCUCUGUGGGGGGGCUGUGGAUCAGCGUCUCUGCCUCUCCUCCCCCCUGUCAACAGCUCGUACCUUUCUCCUAUAUCACCACAGUCAUCUAGCAGGAAUCAGCUGCAGCGCCGGAGAGGACGCUCGGAGAUGCUGCAGGCUCUCUGUGUGGAGCUUCACGCCGGCCUCUACUUCACACGCUUCUGUGAGCAGUCUGGAAACCAGCGCUGGUUGAAUGCCGUUUACUUCUGGACUGACCUGCAGCAUUUCCACCAGCUGUUCUACCAGGAAGGAAUGGACCCUUUCACCGUGCAGAGAGAUGCCCAGCUUCUCUACUUCACUUACAUCUUCAGCCUGGCCAGGAGGAGCCUUGACGUGCAGGAGGAGAUCAGGAGGGAGGUGCAUCGCAGGCUGCAGCCCGCCUUCGAGGAGCUGUUUGACAGGAUCGAGGAGCAUGUGCUGAACACCCUGCUGGAGGCAUGGACACAGCUGCUCCGCAGAGACCAGGAGUCCUUCCAGGAGGUGUGUGUGCAGGAGGACGUGCGCUGCAUCAACAGUGAGGAGUACCGGGAGCUGCAGAGGCUAAACGAGGAGUCAGAGCGGCGGAUGAAGGAGGUGGAGCGCCGCAGCUCCAACCUUUUACCUUUACCUGACACUUUUUCUGAAGACUCAUCAAAUCCGUCCCAUGCUCUUGGCUCGUGGGCCUGUGUGCCUCAGAGUUACCGUGGUUACCGUUUGAGUUUCCUGGUUGAUCAGCGUCAGGAGCUGCUCUACUUCAUGUCUUUCCUACGAGACCACAGGGCUAGUGUUCACUUGAUGUGCUGGCUGGAUGUGGAGCAGUACCAGAGGAGUCCUCAGAACCGGCAGGAGAGGUGGCAACGUCUCGCUUCCAAAUAUCUCAACGAGGAGUACUUCUUUGGAGCCAGCAGCCCUGCCACGGCAGAGCAGCAAAAGCAGAUUGUGAGUUUGGCAGGAGGACUGGAGCAAAUGCAGUCCCAGUGUCUGCCAACCGCAGCCGUCCUGGAGAUCCAGGACAUCGUCAGGAACCACAUCGAGGAAACCUGGCUGCCUUUGUUUCUGUCCACGCCGGAGUUCACCAAGCGUCAAAAAGACAAGUCAAAGCUGCAGGCAGCGGACAGGCUCUCGCAGCACGUCCACCGUCGACGCCAAACCAGGAGGGAAGCCGGUGAGGCCCAGGGUCUGAGGAUGAGCUCCUCCAAGGAGAUCCGACAAGUCCUCCUCAAUCCCUCCAGCUGUCAGCAGUUCCUCAACUUCGUCUCUCUGAAGGGAGACUUCCUGGAAAAUGACGUGCGUUUCUGGCUGGAGGUGCAGCGCUACAAGGACCUCUGUCAUUCCCACAGCGACGAGGCCACCGUCCAGCAGAAGAUCUCCACCAUCAUCAGCUGCUUCAUCAACUCCUCCAUGCCGCCCGCGCUGCAGAUCGACAUCCCUCCUGAGCAGGCCCAGCGCAUCCUGGAGAAGCGCCAUGAGCUGGGCCCAUACAUCUUCAGAGAGGCACAGAUGUCGGUCUUCAACGAGCUGAUGAAACUGUGGCCCGAGUUUCUAGAGUUCAGCAGCAGCGUCAGAGAGGAGCAGCUUCUUUCUGUGCUGGACCAGAAACGAGCCAGUCACAGAGCCAGAGUGAGGAGGCAGAGGAGGAAGGAGGAGGAGGAGGACGAGAGGAGGAGAACACAGGAGCUGAAGCUGCAGGAGCUGAGUCUUUUAGAGGAGACAGGCUGUGAGGAGCAGGAGGAAGGAGGUGGAAAAGAGUCGCUGAGGAGACCCAGCAGAGCGCUGCUGACGGAAACACGGCCGUUGCUGUGGUCAUACUCCAAGUACAUGGCAGGUCUGCAGAAGGAGGAGGCGCUGCUGAGGAGACAAAGUCAGCAGGAGGCCUCCCCCUCCUCCACAAGUUCAGGAGCUUCUGACUGAUCCCUUCUGACAUUGGCAGUAAGUGAAGGACCCACUGCUGUCUCCUUUGUGUCAGCAAACAUCCACUUGUUCGGGAAAAGACGAAAGAAAAGAGUUGUAUUUGUUCAUUUGUUCAUAAAACGAUAAUAAACAAAAACAGAUUCACAUUCUCCUGCA